UAUUGUAAAUUCGAAUUCGAGAGCGAGAGGUGCGAGAUUUUGGCGUCGCGUUGAACGGACACUCGCUCUGAUUUUCACACAGAAUCGAACCGAAACCGAAGGAAAUUGAACAAGUCUGCCGUUUGUGCGAUGCAAAAGCGAUAGGCCGCCCAAUCGCUGUGCGUGAAGAAAGCAGCAGCAGCAAUUCUCCAGAUCCAGAAGAACAACAAAAAAUAGCAAAUCAAAAUGGCGCACCAGCAGCAACAACAACUAGCUCCAUCGGUCAACUGUUCACUGGACGAUAUCGAUCUGACGGCCCUAAAAGAUCCAGCUGGCAUCUUUGAACUCAUCGAAGUUGUGGGCAAUGGCACCUACGGUCAGGUCUACAAGGGCCGUCACACGAAGACUGGUCAAUUGGCUGCCAUAAAGGUGAUGGACGUCACCGAGGACGAGGAGGAGGAGAUCAAGCUGGAGAUCAAUGUGCUAAAGAAAUACUCGAAUCACCGCAACAUUGCCACCUACUACGGAGCCUUCAUCAAGAAGUCACCGCCCGGGAAGGACGAUCAACUGUGGCUGGUGAUGGAGUACUGCGGUGCCGGAUCGGUGACGGACCUGGUCAAGUCCACCAAGGGUCAGAGCCUGAAGGAGGAAUGGAUUGCCUACAUCUGCCGCGAGAUCCUGCGGGGCCUGAGCUACCUGCACUCGAACAAAGUCAUCCAUCGCGACAUCAAGGGGCAGAAUGUCCUGCUCACAGACAACGCCGAGGUGAAGCUGGUGGACUUUGGUGUGUCCGCCCAGCUGGAUCGCACGAUAGGCCGGCGCAACACAUUCAUCGGUACUCCAUACUGGAUGGCCCCCGAGGUCAUUGCCUGCGACGAGAAUCCCGACGCCACGUACGACAAUCGCUCCGAUCUGUGGUCGCUGGGCAUCACCGCCCUGGAGAUGGCUGAGUCACAGCCACCGCUCUGCGAUCUGCAUCCGAUGCGAGCCCUCUUCCUGAUUCCGCGCAACUCGCCGCCCAGGCUUAAAUCGAAGAAGUGGUCCAAGAAGUUCCAUGGUUUUAUUGACACGGUGCUAGUUAAGGACUAUCACCAGCGGCCUUACACCGAGAACCUGCUGAAGCACGCCUUCAUCAAAGACCAGCCCACAGAUCGCCAGGUGCGCAUCCAGCUGAAGGAUCACAUCGAUCGCUGCAAGAAGCGCAAGCAGGAGAAGGAGCGCGAGGACUAUCGCUACUCGGGCUCCGACAACGACGAUGACGAACCGCAGCUGGCUGGUGAGCACAGCUCCAUUGUCCAGGCACCGGGUGGCGAUACGUUGCGCCGCAACUUCCAGCAGAUCCAGGAGGGUCGCCUGGCCGCCGAGCAGCAGCAGCAGCAGCAACAUCACCUGAUGGCCCAGGCGCAGGCCCAGGCCGCGGCCGCCCAUGCCGCCGCCCAGGCGCAGGCGCAACUCCAGCAGCAGCAACAGCAGGCGGCGGCGGCGGCAGCAGCGGCGGCCCAUGCAGCGCAGCAGGCCCAGCAGGCCGCCCAGCAGCAGGCGCAGGCCCAGCAGCCGCAGGCAAAUCGCCAGCCCAAACCACCAUCGCGCCAGCAGGUUGAGGAGCCGGGUCCGCCGGCACGGCCGCCACAGCGCCUGAUCGUGGUGCCGGAUCCGCCGCACGCCAAUCGGCCAUUGCCACCGACGCCCAAGUGCAGUGAGCCGGCGGGACAGGCGCCGCAGCAGCAGCAGCGCAACUCGCAGAAUAACUUCAAGCCAUCGUUACCACCAAGGAGACCUGAGGAUCAUUUGGAUGUGUUAGCAGCACAAUUAAAUGAAUUGGGCGUGGUCUCCUCCCAACAGCCACAGCCGCAGACAGCCGCCGGUGGGCAGGGAUCCCAAGUUCAGCAACAGCAGCAGGCGCAGCCGGAGGCGCCACCGCGCAACAAUCGGCAAUCCUCAUCCGGAGGAUCCGCAUCCGGAGGUGGCUUAUCAUCCAAGCCGGCCGCCGCUUUGCCGCAGCAGUCGAACAAUCAUCUGGGACAGCCGGUGAAUCCGCUGGAUCCGUUGGAUAGCAGCGAUUCGGACAGCGAGCCGGAUGAGCCGAACGAUCGGGCCAGGAAUGAUGGCACCCUCUUGGCCAGCGAUCCGCCCAAGCCGCUACCCGAAUUUUCAUAUAGGCCUGGCUUGGGACCCGUUUCGGAGGACGCCAAUACGACAACGCCCUUGAGUCAUGGCAGCGGUGGGCCGCCCAACCGCCCACUGCCACCCACGCCCGAUGACGACGAUCAGGCCGGAGAUCGCACCCUAAUUAUGAAGCGCAAACUAGAGCAGAAUAUAAACCGCCUGCAAAAGUCUGCCUCCACAUCGCAGGCCAAUGUGACACCUUCAACGCGUCGCAUUGGUGAUGAAACCAAUUUGCUGAGGGACUGGGACUUUGAUCGCUUCUUUCCCAAAAAUGGAAAUGGUUCUAGGGCCAGUGGACGAAGUGGUAGUCCCACCACCACUGCCAGUUUGAGCAGGAGCUCUCAGCUAAGUACACUCAAAGUGGAGACGAAACUGCAAAGGGCCAGUGUGGCGGAGGCCAUCACGAGACCAGUGCCCAGGGGUUAUAAACCACUGAAGGCCGAAUCCAAUCCAAAUGCCAGCCAAAGUAUUGCCAAAGAAUCGAGAUUGGGAUUGGGAACUGGAAGUGGAAGUGGAAGUGGAAGUGGAAGUGGAAGUGGAAGUGGCAGCAGUGGCAGUGCCAAUUCCACGGGACAUAAACGCCAGGAAUCGGACUCUAAGUUGCCAAUGAAUUUUGUGCGUGGCUUUCGGCGAGAGAACUCGGAUUUCUUCCCGCUGACCAAAAGACAUUCGGCGGUGUUGAGUGGUAGUAGUACUGGUGCGGGAUCUGUAGCAGGAUCGGUGGUGAAUUCCAGCCAGCCCCAAAGAUCGAGUGCCAUGUUCCAAAGGAACAGCAUUUACAACAGCAGCCUCAGCAGCAAGGAAAAACCAGGAGUAACUGCAGCGGCACAUAGUAAUGCUGGCGUAAAGCCAGCAACAUCUGCAGCCACCACUGCCACCACAGCCACCACUGCCACCACCAAGGGAGCUGCUCCGAAGCCAUCCAAAUCGCUGGCCGCCUUAAAUUUCCUGCGACCGCGUCGCGAAAAGACUGAAUCCGUCAUUGUGCUGCAAAAUGCUGCAACUCGCGCCCAUCGGCAACAGCUAUUGCAACAGCAACAGCAGCAGCAACAACAACAGCAGCAGCAACAACAACAGCAGCAGCAGCAGAAUCGAGGUGGCGGCGGCGGCGGCGGAGGAGGCGGCGGCGGAGGAAGUAGCGGCGGCGUGGGUGCCGAUGGCACUGGAUUGGGAACUCCUGGGACAAGGACCAGCAGUGUACUGCCGGAUCUACUCAGCCAGGCGUCGCCGGCAACGCCACCACGCCAUGAUAAAUCAUCCAGUGAGGAGUAUCAAGCGGCCAUUAGCUCAUCCGUGCAUUCCACGCCAUCGAAAUCGUUUAUCGCUACCAGCGGAAGCGGCGGCGGUGGUCUCGGUCUGGGGGGCGGUACCGUUGUGGGCGGUGUGAUUAUCAGCAGCAGCAAUCACUCGCCACAAUCGACGAUAUCGCUCGCCUCCUCUUCGUCGAAUUCGCGCCAGAAUUCGCCCAAGAAUUCGAUCAGCAAGACGCGCUCCUCCAGCAGUAUUACUAAUCUCUUGCACAAAUCUGCUUCUUCCUCCUCUGCGAACCUGCACCACCUGACGCCAUGUUCCUCGACGUCCUCGGCCUCGAUCUCCAACAACCAACUGCCACCGCACGCGUUUGCCCUGCAACAGAAGCAGCGCAGUUUCCUGACCUUUGGCUUCGGUGCCGGCGGCUCUGGUCCUUCGCGCCGGGAAUCGCACGUCAAUGUCAACGUAACGCCCACCUCGCACGAGGCGGCCAACGAUACGCCCGAGAUCCGUAAGUAUAAGAAGCGCUUCAACUCGGAGAUCCUGUGUGCGGCGCUCUGGGGCGUCAACCUGCUGAUUGGAACGGAAAAUGGACUAAUGCUGCUGGACCGAUCCGGUCAGGGAAAGGUCUACCAGCUCAUCUCGCGACGCCGCUUCCAGCAAAUGGAGGUGCUAGAGGGCCAGAACAUAUUGGUCACCAUAUCCGGCAAGAAGAACCGAGUGCGUGUCUACUAUUUGUCCUGGCUCAAGUCGAAGAUCUUGCGCACCGAUGGACUCUCCGAUCAAGUGGAGCGUCGCAACGGUUGGAUUAAUGUGGGUGAUCUACAAGGUGCUGUACAUUUUAAGAUUGUCAAAUACGAGAGGAUUAAGUUCCUAGUGAUUGCAUUAAAGGACUCUAUUGAAAUUUAUGCAUGGGCUCCCAAACCAUAUCACAAAUUUAUGGCAUUUAAGAAUUUUGGUGAAUUGGAACAUCGCCCGCUUUUGGUCGAUCUCACCAUUGAAGAUCAGUCGAGACUGAAGGUGAUCUAUGGCUCCGCCGAGGGUUUCCAUGCGGUUGAUUUAGAUUCAGCUGAAGUAUACGAUAUCUAUCUUCCCAAGCAUACUCAGGGUGCAAUCAUUCCGCAUUGUAUUGUGGCGCUUCCGAACUCAAAUGGCAUGCAAUUGCUGCUGUGCUACGACAACGAGGGCGUCUAUGUGAACACUGUGGGCCGGGUUUCCAAGAACAUUGUGCUGCAGUGGGGCGAGAUGCCCACCUCGGUGGCCUACAUUGGGACUGGACAAAUCAUGGGCUGGGGCAAUAAAGCAAUAGAGAUACGUUCCGUUGAGAGCGGCCAUUUGGAUGGUGUGUUCAUGCACAAAAAGGCGCAGCGCUUGAAAUUCCUUUGCGAGCGCAAUGACAAAGUAUUCUUCAGCAGUGCCAAAGGUGCUUCAUCGUGUCAAAUCUAUUUUAUGACGCUCAACAAGCCGGGCAUGGCCAAUUGGUAAUUGGCAAUCGAUGAUCUUGGCAGGCAGCCUUCGAUCGAUGCCACCUCCAGCGGUCGAUUUGCUCAACCGGCAACAAACCAUAAACAUUUUCUUCUUAUUUUACCACACAAGCAAAACGAAAAAGAAAGUAUCUAAAAAGCGAACACAUAAACGAUAAUUAGCUGAUUUAAGUGAAGAGUGCAUAACGAUUAAGUGAGAUAUCCUAAACAGACACACCAACAAAAAGAACACACUCAACAACACACCAACAACAACAACCAACCCGAGAUCAUGAACUAGUGCUUAUGAAAAAUUCACCACGACAACGUUUCAAUUAGUAAAUGUGCUAAGAAAAACUCGAUCAACGCGAGCCUAUAUAUAUAUAUAAAUAUAUAAAUAAUCUACUUAAUAUUUAGAGACAGGGACGAACAUUUCAAGCUCACUCGUCGAGGUUUUUUGUCACAUCUGGUCAGAAAACAAGCGCAAUUAAAGCAAUUCGUAUCCUCCAUCCUUUCGAUGUAUGUAUAUUGACGUUACAUAACUGAACACACCCAGCCAGCACACACGAUUUAGAUUCAGAUCCAUUUCAAAUGUCGUUUCACAAUUGUGUUACAUUUCGCUUACAAGUAAAACUUAAGUUGAAAAACCAGCAGCGCAGCAAAUAUCGAAUUUUCUACACAAAGCAGAAGAACGUCUAAUAUAUAUAUAUAUAUAUAUUUAUAUAUAUAUAGAAGAAAAUAUAUGCAGUUAGUUUUUGUUCUUGAUAUUAUCAAAUAGAAUUUAUUUGUGCGUUUCCGACGAUUACAUGUUAGUGGAGAAAGAGCAAAGGAAAUUUAUACAUAAUUUAUUGUCUGCGCGCUCAUUUUAUGAAAAUGCAAGAAAACAAAUGGAAAUCGAAAUCGAAGCGAAGCAAACAAAACAAAACCCACAUAAAACGCCAUUGUAUAAACUAAGUGAUAAACAAGUAAAUAAUUGAUUAAUGUAAAAUAAAGCCGAAAGCAACACAAAACCCCAAGAAGCAAGCUUGCAACAAUUGAGGAUAUCUAAUGGAAAUAUAUAAAAAAAACGCACCAUGACGUUUGCGAGGAGAGCUACCUUAAUAACAAGAUUGGAGGGAAUUACAAAACGAGAACCUAGUUAAGCUGCAUUUUUUACUGAACUUUUAUACAGAGCCAAGAGAAUGAGAAGAGAAAACAUAAAAACGAUGAUGAUGAACGAAUCGAGAAGAGGGAAAUUAAACCAAAAUUCUAUAAAUCGUAGCAUGUUAAAAUUGAUAACCAUUUAACGAACCAUCUCCGCUUGUUGUACUGUGUGCAUUUUCAUUGUGUUUUUUUACUAGCUUCAAUAUCAAAAGUGGUCACGUUGCAAUAUAUCUCUAUAUCGAGUGCAUAUAGAAUAACCUUUUCCCAACUGGCGCACACUGAGAACCCAAAUGGAACCCUAAUUCUGCCUUAUUUUGUGUUGUUUGCGUGAUUUCGUAACACUCCUCUUCUUCCACACACCACAACCUCCACACGAAAAAAAUGUCUCAUUAAGAAGUAUAUUUAAAAUAUUGUUUGUUUUUGUGUUAUAAAAUGAUUGUACGCCCCCGUAUUUAAUAAUGUUCAUCGAAGCAAAAUGGAAAAGAAAAGUGCACUAAAAUGCACGUCUAAAACAACAAAAAAAAGGAAUAAAAAAAUUAGUAAUAAAUGCUUACUUUAUUUCUAAAAUAAAACAAGUAAAAUGAUACAGAAAUGAAUGUAAAUCUAAUUAUUAUAUAUAUAUAAUCUCAAAAUUAAAAAAAAAAUACAAAAACA